CGAGCUGCCCCGCUUAUAUGGCUGCCCCUUGGAUUCCGAUUCAUCUAUACCGGGACUACGGAUAAUUCCUAUCCUUGUUUCUCCAAUUCCAUCCGGGUGUCUCCCGAUACGGAUUUUUGGAUGCCAAAGUUCGAGUUUUUUCAUGCCUAAGUUUUUGCACUAAUUAUUACGCUUAUCCUCUCCUGGCGUUUUAGUGGUGCAUUCCAACCACUUGCGAUCAUUUCGCCUCAUACGAGACGUUUUUGCUCGAACCUUCCCCCCAAUUUUCGGUCCUACAAGCCUGCUUGCCCCUGGUAUCGUUGGUUGUCACUCACUCAUCAAGUAGUCCUUUACUCUCUUCCAUGCACACCAUAUGAAAGCUCAUUUAGAGGGCGAUGGAUUGCCAUCAAGUUUGAACACCGCUAUGAGGCUUCUGUGCAAUGAAGAUUGCGCCCGUCACGAUUGGGUAAUCAUCCGAAAAAUAUUCAUCUUCCUUUCAUCCCUCACAGCAGAUAGUUGGAUUGGCAUAAACGUGACUUUGCGCCGUUCUGUACGUACGAGCCCGCUUGGCGCCUUGAUUCACUGUUUGUGUAAUUUCCGGUUCGCCUUUGAGUUCUCUUCAUCCGAUCUCGUUCGACUUCCACCUUUUUAUGUGAGAGGUCCGAUGAUGGUCACUCCGCGGUCGUCCAGCUGUCCUUCCCCCCGGGUCAACUUCCCCUCAUUCUUUGCUCCCUUAGGCGGAGGAUUGAUAGCAGGAUGUUCUUUUGUAUCUGUUCUGUUUACUCAUCUUUCCGUGAAUCCGCCUUGUCCGACAUCUCUCGCUUCGAACCUUUUGACUGAUGCACUUUUUCUCCAAUUGCAAUCCCUUAUUUCCACUUCACAUGAGUCAGAUAUAUGGAUCCAACAUGCCGCUCUAUGUGGCUCUCCUUCCAGAUCCUUUGUUUUCAAGUAGUAGAAUUGGAGGUCCUUCUACCCAGUCUCCCUCCUGGGUGUUCUCUUGGUUCUGUUUUUUUUUU